AUGGGAUUAACAGGUACUGUUCCUCCCUGCUUGGGAAAACUUUCUUCUCUCACAGAACUGGAUCUAUCUUUUAAUAGGUUGAGUGGAAACAUUCCGGUGUUUUCUUCUCUUGCUGUCCUUUAUUUAAAAGCUAAUAUUUUAGAAGGUGAAACUGUCCUUAGUACUAUUUGUAUGGUCAGGAACCUUAGUAAGGUUGAUCUUUCUGGCAAUCAACUGAAUGGGAGCUUACCAUCCUGUCUGGGAAGUCUCUCUUCACUCACAGAACUGCGUCUAUCUCAUAAUAGGUUGAGUGAGAAUAUUCCAUUGUCCUUUGCAAACAUGUCCUCUUCUCUUGCUGUCUUUGACUUGGAAUAUAACGUUUUAGAAGGUGAAACUGUCAUCAACAGUAUUUGCAUGCUCAACAAUCUUAGAAAGGUUGAUCUUUCUGCUAGUCGACUGAAUGGAAACGUACCGGCUUGUCUGGGAAGGCUCUCUUCUCUUACAAAACUAGAUUUACCUGGUAAUGGCUUGAGGGGGAAUAUUCCAUUGUCCUUUGGAAACAUGUCUUCUUCUCUGGUUGUCCUUGAUUAA